AGAUUGUUAAUUGACUUGAGAGAGUUAAAUAUAACAAGUACAUUCCAAAACAAACAACUAAAAUAUUUUUCAUUUGUGAAUAAGUUAAUACGAUUUUUGGAAGGGACAGAAGAAGCAAAGAUAAUACUUGAAAACCUGGAUAACAGUGGUCGAACAGUUGUAAAAGAAGAUUAUAAAAACAGUGGCUGGUCGUUUACUACAACAUCACUUAUAGAAUCAGCAUCGGGUGGUUACGUUGAAAUAGUUCACUUCCUUAUUGAUACUGUUAAAAGUAAUGUCAACCAAACAGACGGAAGAAAGAGAUCAGCUUUGUAUAAGGCAUGUGAAGGAGGAAACACAAAUGUUGUGCAACUGUUACUAGAAAAAAAUGCAGACGUGUUACUUUGUAACAUGUAUGGCGAGUCUCCGUUGUAUGUGGCAUGUAAAAGAAAACAUAGAGAUAUAGUUGAUAUAUUACUACAGAACAAUGCUGAUGUCUUACAACGUACCAACAGUAAAAAAUCUCCAUUGUACGCGGCCUGUGCAGGAGGUUGUCACGAUAUAGUAGAAUUGCUAUUAAAAAAACAUGCCAAUGUCAACCAGUGUGAUAAAAAGAUGGAAUCUCCAUUAUAUGUAGCCUGUUUAGGAGGUCAUAUAGAUAUAGUAGACAAGUUAUUAAGGAAAGCAGCAAAUUUCAGUCAGUGUGACAGUGCGGGAGAGUCGCCAUUACAUGUGGCCUGUGCAGGAGGUUAUACAGAUAUAGUGGAACUGUUAUUACAGAAAGAUGUAGAUGUUAAUCAGUGUAAUAGCGUAGGAGAGUCUCCAUUAUACUUGGCCUGUGCACAAAAUUAUAAAAAUAUAGUAGUACAGUUAUUAAAGAAAGAUGCAAAUGUUAAUCAGUGUGACAGUGCGGGGGAGUCUCCAUUACAUGUUGCCUGUGCAAGAGGUAAUACAGAUAUUGUGGAAAUGUUAUUGCAGACAUCUGUUGAUGUCAAUCAGUGUAACAGGUCUGCAGAGUCUCCAUUAUAUGUAGCAUGUAGAGGAAAUUAUAAAGAUAUAGUAGAAAUGCUUUUGACGAAAAAAGCAGAUGUCAAUCAGUGUGACAGUGAGGAUAAGUCUCCAUUAUAUGUGGCCUGUGGAGGAAAUUAUAAAGAUAUAGUAAGACUGUUAGUGACGAAAAAAACCGAAAUCAAUAAGUGUGACAGUGAGGGUAAGUCCCCAUUAUAUAUGGCAUGUGGGGGAAAUUAUAAAGAAAUAGUAGAACUGUUAUUGAAGAAAAAACCCCAAAUCAAUCAGUGUGACAGUGCGGGUAAAUCACCAUUAUAUGUGGCCUGUGGAGGAAAUUUUAAAGAUAUAGUAGAAAUGUUGUUAGUGAAAAAAGCAGAUGUUCAUCAGUGUGAUAACAAAGGUAAGUCUCCAUUAUAUCAGGCAUGUGAAGGAGGGUAUACACAUAUAGUGAAACUGUUAUUGCAGACAAAUGUCGAUGUCAAUAAGUGUGACAGUGAGGGUAAAUCUCCAUUAUAUGUGGCCUGUGGAAGAAAUUAUAAAGAUAUAGUAGAACUGUUAUUGAUGAAAAAAGCAAAGGUCAGUCAGUGUGACAGUGAGCGGAAGUCUCCAUUAUAUGUGGCCUGUCGGGCAGGUUAUACAGAUAUAGUGAAACUGUUAUUGCAGACAGAUGUCGAUGUCAAUCAGUGUGACAGUGAGGAUAAGACUUCAUUAGAUUUCGCCUCUGGGGAAAAUUGUAAAGAUAUAGUAGAAAUUUUAUUGAUGAAAAAAAUAGACGUCAAUCAGUUUAACAGUAUGGAAGAGUCUCCAUUAUAUGUAGCCUGUGCAGGAGGGCAUACAGAUAUAGUGGAGCUAUUAUUGCAAAAAGAUGCCAAUAAUAGUAACGGCAAUAUAACAGGUGCUUCUCCAUUGUAUGCCGCAUGCGCAAGUGGGCAUGCAGAUAUAGUGAAACUGUUACUGCAGAAUAAUCCGGAUGUUGUACAUUGCAAACACACAGACAAGUCACCUUUGCAUGUAGCUUGUGAUUUUGUUUUAUUUAAAGAUCUUCGUGAAUGUCAAGAUGAAUAUGAUAGGAGAGUUAAAGAACAUAUCAACAUUGUAGAACUGUUAAUUUCAUAUAAUGCAGAUGUACACAUUUGUAAUUCAAAAGGUAAGACACCACUAGAUAUAGCCAACGACUCAGGAUGCGUGGAAAUAGUCAAACUUCUUGAGGACAAACUAAAGUAGAAUUUUGACAAUAUAAGAAUAUUAGUGGUCAAUGAAUACAUGCAGAGCAUACAUUGUAGAUCAACAAGUAAUUUCCUGUUGCUUACACAGUGCAAUUUCAAUACUAUGUCUGUACAUUAACAAUUUUGAUUUGUAUCGUAGUUAGCAUGUACUUUCUAUAAUUUAUGUUAACGGCAGAUAUUUUAGAGUCUCUGUUUUGAAUUUCAAGACCUGAGGCAAUUAAGGUAGCAUUUGGUAUACACAAAAUCUAUAAAUUUUAUUUUCCAGAACUUAGUUUAGAUUGGUCAUGUUGUUUCUUAAAUUUAAAUCAUAGAAAAGGCAUUCCACCCAUUUAUCCAAGCUGCAGAUAAGAUGAAAAAAUUAACACUUUUGAAAGCAUUUUAGCGGAACAAGGAUAAUUAUGCACUGAAGAUGCUUAUCUUAAAAUGGCGUAUUUUAAAUAAAAAAAAAAAUAAAAAA